AUGACAAUGAAAUCCAACCGUCACCUUUUGAUUGUUACUAUUUAUCUUACUCUCAUUGUGUGUCUGGUCAUCGGUGCUCCUUCUGCAUCGAAGGGCGAUAAAACUGUUCCGUCUCAUCUGAACAAGUCGAAUCUGUUUUAUCGUGGAAUUUAUAAGACAACAAUUCAAGCUCUCGGACAAGACUAUGCUAAAGGAAAAUCACCAAUAGGUCACACAAAGGAUGCAGGUGAUUUUGCUCCUGAAGGCAUGGGUGCCUUCUAUGUGUUUGACAAUGAACAAGAAGCACAAGAUUGGGGUCGUUGUCAUACAGAGGGCACAGCCAUUAAGACGUACGUUGUAGUCACUUACCAGUAUACACCCAAAGCAGGCUUGAAGACAAAAUCCUUUACCAGUGCCGACAACAACUGGCUCAGCUUCGUAGAGAGCAACUAUGCGUCGACUACAAAAACAAGUCCGUAUGACAUUGUGGAAGGACCAAUAUCGGCACCUUUCAGAGAUAGUAAUGGUAAAAAGAUCAAAGUUGCAUAUACUAAAAAUGGCAAACUCGUCUGGCAAGGUGCUUUCAUUACUCCAGCUGCUUUGAAAACGCUCGUUGUAGCCGAUAUCAAACAGUAUUCGGUAGCUAGCAAAAAAGGUUCAAGCUCGUGCAUUAUCCAAUAG